AUAGGUUAUGUUUUUGUUGUGAAAAUCUCGUGAAAGUAAAACUUCCCAGAGUGUGAAUUUCAUUGAAUUCAAUAAAUUUUAAAAGUUCUUUCAUCUGAAUACAAAAUUUAAGAAAAUGCCAAAAAAACUACAGUAUUCAAAUGAAGCUUUGCAGAAGGCGUUGGAAGCCAUGAAGGCAGGAGAAUCUGGGUCAAAAGCUUCUAGGAAAUACGGAGUGCCCAAAAGUACCUUGCUUGAUAAAUUUUCCGGGAGACAACCAAAAGAAAAAUUCACUGGUUCACCUCUAUUAUUAAGUAAAUCUGAAGAAUCUAGGCUGGCACAGUGGAUCGUAAAAAGGGCUGGAUCUGGAAAUCCUGUCGUUAAAUCCGAAAUACAGGAUAUUGUGAGCAUUUUGGUGAAAAACAAAAAUGUUCCGUCACCCUUCACCAACAACCUCCCUGGAAGUUGUACAAUGCCCAAGGAAAGAAAAAAGAAUCGUCUCUAUGAACAAGAUGAUAUGGAAAAGGCUUUGGAAGCGUUCCGAAAGGGCAAUUCGCUACGGCAAUCUGCGCGUAAAUUUGGUGUACCAAGGACAACUCUUCGGGAUAAAAUAAUCGGAAGAAGCCAGGGAUCUGUGGGUCAUCCUCUGGCUCUUUCUCGCAAACACGAGGAUCUCUUGGUAAAAUGGGUUCUUGAAAUGGCCGACAGUGGGCAUCCAAUAACGAAAGAUCAGCUUUUGGACACUAUCCAAAUGCUUUGUACGACGAUGAAUAUAAAGAACAGGUUCACUGAUGGGCGCCCAGGCCGAGCUUGGUACAAUGCAUUCUUGAAGCGUCAUCCUGUUCUAAUGGGGAUGACAACUAAUAUAUUCCAAACGAAUACAAAGGACGCAUCCCCUUUUACGAUUGAACUACCUAUACUAGAAUCAACUUCUAGUUCCCCAGAAGAGGAUAACAAAGUCACAGAGACUUCUUCUGACCGGAAAAGAUCUUUUGAGUCUUUUCUAUCAACAAAUUGCUCAAAUGAUGACGAUUUUCACGAGGAAAAGUUUGAUCCGGAAGAUCCAUUAGGCAAUUAUGCUGGUAUAGAAAAUCUAUCAGCUCAGAGCCCUCAACUCAGUGAAUCUGAUUCCUUUCAGGAAAUUGAAUUUAUUGAUCAGGUUCCCAAUGAAAGUCCUCAAACUAAAAAGGAUCUCAUCGAAGAAAAUGCAAGGUUGCGGAAAGAGAACAAAAGACUGGAGAAGGAGGUCGAAUUCUGGAAAAAUGAAUUUUCUAAAAUUACUGAUAUCUUUCACUACUUUACUGAAAAUACUAAAAUAAAUCAUAACGAAUAGUUUAGUCCUUAAUUAGUUCAUUGAAAAAAGAUUUUUUAUAAAUAAAACCGUUAAAAAAUAGUU